GAGGAGAGGGAGCAAGUGUUUACUCAAGCUGACCAGGAAUAUAGCGCAUAUAUGGAAGAUGAAUCUGGAGGAAAGGGGUUACUGGCGGACAAGCUGCGUUGGCUCUGCUUUAUCAGCCAGGGCUGAUCUCUGGACCCUCAGAUUGAGCAAGACAACAAGAAACGGUCAGCUAGACGGUCAGUCAGAAACAAAGACAGGGCAGAAGGAAGACGUGAGCCAGAGAAACUCAGAGGGAAACAAAAAAGAAAGAGAGACAACAGGCUGAGUUGUGGUAGCGUGACAGAAGAAAACAGCAGCUGUAAAACAGAGUUAAACAUUAAAACAGACUCUUUUAGGUACAAUGGUGGACAGAAGUUUUUAUUGAGGUUUUGGGGAGGAGUAUGAAAGAUUUGAGGGGACAGAGUCAGGGGGGGGCAAGGGUCCGGUAGGGAGUAAUUGUGGUGACAGCCAGUGCAAGGGGACAAGGACUCAUGUGAGACACAGAGGAAUUAAAAGAUAAAAGACACAGAGAACGAACAGAGAGGGACAGGCAGACCCAAAACUGGAUUUCAGUAUGGGUGUAAAGAGUAAGGCUGCUGCAGCUAUCUUAGUCCUGCUGUUGUUCCUUGGCUCCCUGUGGCUCCAGGGAGGUUUGGAUUACCACUGGGAUUCUUGUAUAAAAGGUUAUAAUCAGGUGAAUAAGCUACACCAGCUGUCCAACAGCAGUGGUGCCGAUGGAGCUGAGGGUUCGCAGCUCCUGGAGGGGUGCCCUGGUCAGACCUUCCAGGUGUCACUGCUGCUCUCCCACCUGCUGGCUGCACCAGCCUACACCUCCGACGUGCUGCUGCAGCCCUAUCUGUCCAGCUGGGAUGAGCUUGUGAAGUUUAUGGAUGCUCUGGGCCCAAUGGUGGGAUUGAUAUCUAAAGAGAUAGAGAGCAAGACCUCCAUAAUCCGUCAACUGGCCCUUUUAGCAGAAGAGAACCCCGAAGCAGAGCUGGGCCCUGAUAUACAUUCAAUAAACUCUGGGAGCACAGAGGUUGGGACAAAGAAAGAUUUAGGGGCCUCACAGCACACAGGUGCUUACCACUCUGUGCGAUCCAUGAUCUGGGUGGAACUGAACCGAGGCGUGGUGGACUUCCACCACCAGACGGACUCCGGAUGUCGGACUCUCCUGCGUCUGCACCGCGCUCUGCUUUGGCUGCAGCUCUUCCUGGAGAAGCUGGCUGAGACGCCGGUGGCCGGUCGGCUCAGGAGCCCCUCGGAGCUGUGUCGCGAGGCCUACCAGAGCACCCUGGCAAACCACCACACCUGGUUUGUCCGCAGGGCCGCCGAGCUGGCCUUCAUUGCCAUGCCUGAACGGGGCUUCUUCUUCAGGCUGGUGUGUGUGCAGAACCAGGAUGAGCUGAGCACAGUACUGAACAGAGUGGUUCGGGCCAUCGGGGAGGUUUACAACAGGACGCAGAGAGCCCUGGAGGAAAAUGGCAUGCUGGACUUGCCAUAGAAAAUACGACUAUCAGACGGGGCAUAGCUUCUACUGCCAAUUCACCAUUUAUUUGCACUGUCCUCUUGGUAUCAUGUCUGGCUACAAAUGAGGUAUAAAGCAAACUUGACUUUUUCCACUAAAAUUAAUUAAAUUUUGUUCCCAACCAAAGUGCUGUGUCAACAAUCAAGUAAUACUGAAAGUCUUUUUGCUUUCAGUCUGACAUUCCUCAACAAAUUUUAUGAGAUAAUGUCUCGACUCCUCCUCACCUCAGAGGCAUUUUUAAGGCAGCUGAUAAUGCAUUCAGGCUGGCUAAAUGCAUACUGUGAAUUAUUUAAGCAGUUGGAGACAAUAACAUGAACAUUAUCACCUCCGGUCACUGGUGAGGUGAUUAUGUAACAGACUGUACAGUUCAUGUUUUUGUGCCCCACACAUGUGUGAUUCGUAAUUUUUUUUUUCUACAUUUAAAAUGCUAUUGAAAAUGACUGCUGUUUUAGUUGUAAUUAAUUCUUGGUGAUUUAGUACGCUACCUCAAAGCUGGCUGGGUUUAGAUGCCUUGUAGCCCUAAAAUAUGGGACCAAUCUAUCCUGAUUGAAGAGGUUUUUUCAAAAAAAUAAAUUGAAUUAAAUUAAAUAAUAAAUCAAUAUAUACAGUACAAAGGACCAUAUGGUGCUUGUUCAGUAUUAAUCCCUUAGUCUUACAUUGGAAGUUUUUGUAUCAUGUUAACAAUUAUUAUUUUUUGAUUAAAUAUCUAUAAAAAGAAUACGAAAGAA